UUGAGUCUCGUCAGACCUCAGUGAGUCUUCUUCACCUUCAGGAUGAAGGUGUGUGUCCUCCUGGUUUGUAUUUGCUGCCUGAGCUGGAGAACGGAGGCUCAAUCCCAGUCGUACUUGAUAACGGCUCCUCUCUCACUCUGCCUGGACGCUGUAGAAACAGUGUUCCUACAUUUCUUUGGGUACACAUCAGAGGUAUCGGUCUAUGUGUUCUUAAAGACCUCCAUGGCUCCGGAUCACAAGGUUUUGUUUCAGGACGUUGUGAGGCUGAACAGCCUGAACAGCUUCCAGGGCAUCGCCAAAGUGCGGCUGUUCCCAGAUAAGGUGGGUCCGGAUGUGGAUCGGGUGGUUCUCCAUGUUCAGACAAAUCAGAUCAACCAGCAUCUGUUAAUCCCCAUCAGCAGAACCAAUGGCUUCCUGUUCAUCCAAACGGACAAACCGCUGUACACCCCCUAUCAGAAAGCUUGA